AUGCAUAAAGACGAUCCUUCGGUUUUAUUCACACUUAAGACAGAGGCGCUGGAUGAUCGAGAUUACGAUUUAAAUGAAGUAGUUUUUGAACGCUUUAUUGCCAGAACUUUUUGUAUGAAUGUCGAGCUACGUGGGGAUUUCAAAAAAUAUGCAGAGGAUGGACCAUACCUGUCGGUGCCAUCGGGUGCUGAAGGUGGUUGUAAUAAUAUAGUUAGGAAUGAUCUUGGUUAUCGUGUAGAAAGGAUCAUGAGGAAGAUGGGGCGGGAUCAGAAAGCAAUCUUCGAAUACAAAAAGGUCACAGUAGAAGAAAUCGAGGAUACUCUAAUCAUCAUUGCUGCUCAGAAUGAGGGUUCCUCAGAAGCUAUCAAGUCCCUUGCUAAGCGAGAUAAAUACUCUCUCGAUCGUCUUGAAAAUAUAUACUUGAGACUUCAAGGCUCUCAAGCCAAAUGGCUCACGCGUAUGAUUUUUAAAGACUUUGGCUUCGUCAUUCCAGAUAAUGUGGCACUUUCAGCAUUUCAUACGAGUUUCCCUCGAUCUCUUCAGGUGACUGCGAAAUUCAAUAUCAAAGAUCUGGUACCCAUUCGAAGGUGUGGUGAGACGGGUAUAAUCGUAGCCCAUGCUCCUCCGCAAACGGCUAAGAAGACCUUGCCCGUUUCGAAAGACCAAACCAUUUCAGGUCUGUCGGUCGCGCAGCCUGCAGAGUCCAUUCAACUCGUCUCGCCUUCAUCAACUAGGUCUUCUCUCCCCUUGUCUGAAUCUACAGCUUCCUCCUUGAACGCCACACAGAAAGCAACACAAAAACCAUUACCACCAAGCUCUAGCAACAUCAAAUCUCCUCAAAAGAAUCCAAGUCCCCAAGCCCUCUCACCACCAGCAUCUUCCCCGGCAGCGGCAGAAUGCGCACAAACACCCACCUGUCAUUUCCACAACACCCUCUUCAUCCUAGCACCCUGCAUUUCCUCAUUCCUCUGGCUAACCUCCAAUCUCCUCCCAUCCCACGGCGUCACAUACAUCACCUCAUUACUUCCCCUCACCCGCAAAGCCCUCCCCAAACGCUGA